AGCGUGAACGCGCGCAGAACGUCACCGGGUGGAAACGAGGCAAAGUUCUUGUUUGUUUCACGCCAGGAGGCGGCGGAGAGGAUUAAAAGAUUUAUAAUUAUAUUAAAAAAAUAAAACCUGCCGGGCAGCCAGCUGUCCGUCCAUUCGGAGACGUUAACACAGGGGAAAUAAAACCUGGUCGUCCCCCUGCAGCCGCUGCCCCCAGGCCCUCUCCCGAGCAGUGAACAAUUGGAAUCACAUCAUGCGGAUUACUGCCUGUUUCAUUGAGCGUUUCUGAGAUGGCCGAGCAGGACAGAAAACCAGAUGUACCUAUUAUACCCGGGCAGGUGUAUAUUGAAGUGGAGUAUGAUUAUGAGUAUGAGGCAAAAGAUAGAAACAUUUCAAUAAAGCAAGGCGAAAUAUAUAUUUUAUUGAAGAAAACAAAUAAUGAUUGGUGGCAGGUUAAGAAGGAUGAAAGCUCAAAGCCGUUUUAUCUCCCAGCACAAUAUGUUAAAGAACUACCUCGUAAGGCAUUAAUGCCACCAGUGAAACGUGUACCCAGUUCUGUUAAAGCCAAAUCUGCUAGUUUAGGUGCAGAUGCCAAGCUACAGCUGGGCUCCAAUGAAAAUAUUUCCAAACCACUAGAUUAUAUGAGCUCUUUCAAAUCUUCUAUAGGACACGAAUUGCAAACAAAGAUAUCAUCAGAGAACCAGAUUACUCAUCUGAACACCAGCCAAACACAGUCUGAGGAUCAUUUUCAAGGGAUGGUCCAUUCACCUUCUGGAAUCCCAAACAGUGCCAAAGUUAGUGACCAGAGUCCAGGACAUGGCGAAAGUGAAACACAGUAUUCAAGAGUUGCAGAUCCAAAUCCAAUCUUAGGGCAGUUACAGGAUUUUGAUGCAUUGGAAGUCGACAAAGUGGUUCAUGAGCAUUCUUCUGAAUGGGGCGCAGAAAGUUCAGAAAAGCAUCAUCAAGACUCUGAAUCUGGAGAUGAAUAUAGUAGCAGUUCCACGGAACAGCUGCAGACGAUACAACCUGCGAGGUCAGAAUCCCCAGUAUAUGCAAAUCUGCAAGAACUGAAAAUAUCUCAAGCUAACCUACCCGCUGCUCCCAAUAGCCCUCCCGUGCAAACUCAUGGUGAAUGGGAGGUGCAUAAAGAUACCACAGGGCGCACAUUCUAUUAUCACAAGGGAACACAAGAAAGAAGUUGGAAGCCUCCUCGAUGGACAAGAGAUUCUGUAAAUAAAGAGUUUGAUAACCAAGGAGAUUCCAUAAACCGUGGGUAUCUCAUCACAGAGGAGAACUGUCGCAGCUUUUACUCAAGCCAUUCUGAUAAUCAGUUUGAUUUACCACCACGUGGGUGGUCAGAAGAAUUGGAUGAUCGUGGCCAAACUUUAUAUGUUAAUGAAUAUACUAAUGAAAAGUGGAUGAAACAUAUUGAUGAACAAGGUCGGCCAUAUUAUUAUCGUGCUGAUGGAUCCAAAUCGGAAUGGGAGUUGCCUCCGGUUCCGCCUCAGUACAACUUCUCAGCAAAACAACAAGAAGUUCUUAGUAAAAGCAGAAGCUUGGACAGGAAGCCAGAACCUUUAGUAUUGACAAAUUGGCGACACAGCACGUAUGGUGUUGGACAAUCGGACCUCGAAAAGUUCACUUCCAAAAAGCACAAGCGCAACUCCUCUGAACAUCUCAGUGCUUCAUCAUCGUAUUUGUUUUCGCAGCACCCCGAUCAAGAACCUGCAACUAGUCCGAAGCUAAUCCAUGACAACAACAACGAGCCUCCUUCAUCACCAAAUAGUCCACAGCCAUCAUCAACUGUUUCAGAAAAAUAUGGAUUACUUUUUAUGACAAAAAUCACAGAGAAUGGCAAAAAAGUUAGAAAGAAUUGGACCUCAUCUUGGACAGUCUUGCAAGGUUCAUCUUUACUAUUCGCUAAAAAUCAAGGCAGUGCAACUGGAUGGAAAUUUGGUAGCGCGCAAUCUAAACCUGAAUUCACCGUGGAUUUAAAAGGGGCUGCAAUUGAAUGGGCUUCAAAAGAUAAAUCGAGUAAGAAGAAUGUAAUUGAGCUCCGAACACGUCAAGGAACAGAAUUACUGAUACAAUUAGACAAUGAUAAUUUCAUCAAUGAAUGGUAUAAAGCUCUUGAAGAGACUAUUAGUAAUCAGGUAGAGUCUGAUGACGCUGCGGAUGAUGACAUGCCAGAGUCUCCCGGCAUUGAAAAGCAUGAUAAAGAUAAGAAUAAUAAAGACUUAAAGAAAUCACGGCCGAUUAAGUCCUCUGGUAACGUAGAUAAUGCAGACCAAAAAAAGACCAAAACAAAAUUGAAAAAGUUUCUGACACGAAGACCAACACUCCAAGCUGUGCGAGACAAAGGCUAUAUUAAAGAUCAAGUGUUUGGAUGCAAUUUAAGCAGUCUAUGUCAGAGAGAAGGCACAACUGUACCUAAAUUUGUGACGAUGUGUAUUGAUCACGUGGAAAAGGAGGGCUUAAACGUUGAUGGUCUUUAUAGAGUCAGUGGCAACCUGGCUGUUAUACAAAAACUGCGAUUUGCCGUCAACCAUGAUGAAAAGCUGGACUUGAAUGAUAAUAAGUGGGAGGAUAUUAAUGUCAUUACGGGGGCUCUCAAGAUGUUAUUCAGAGAACUACCGGAACCACUCUUCACGUAUCAUCUUUUUAAUGAUUUUAUUAAUGCAAUCAAAUCUCCAGACUACAAACAACGUACACAGGGUAUUAAAGAUCUAAUUAGGCAACUGCCUAAACCAAACCAUGACACUAUGCAAAUUCUGUUCCAGCAUCUUGUGCGGGUCGUCGAGUGCGGAGAGGUAAACCGAAUGACCACUCAGAGCAUUGCCAUCGUAUUUGGUCCCACGCUCCUCAGGCCCGAAAAAGAGAUAGGCAAUAUUGCCGUGCACAUGGUAUACCAGAAUCAGAUUGUGGAGUUGAUCUUAACAGAAUAUGAAACUAUAUUCGGACGCAGUUGAAAUAAAUUGCAGAUGGAACACAAAUUUACCAAAACCCACGUUUGGGAAACAAGAGUAUGUUUUAAGUGUCUUUUUUGUAUUUUCAGUCCACCAGAAAACUUUGCACUUGUUUUCCUCUGGUUUUUAAAAAAUAUAUGUUUUUUUUCCCCCCCAGUUGAAAGCAGGUGGUUUGCAUAAGAUGUACUAAAGGCAUGCAGAGAAACAUGCAACCUGGUUCUUACAAAUUGUAGAGACUUUAAGCAUACAGUAGUUACAUACACUGGGAUAUUUUGCAACAAUAUUUGAUGGGGACAUAGCAGUACUCUUUUAUACAUGUGUAUGUAAUUUAGGAAAUGGCAGUCCUCACUUGUAGCCUUUUCUGCUGUUUGAUAUAGCAGAAAUUUCAAUACUGUAUAUUGCUUUUGAGUCCUUUACUGGAGCGUUGGCCAGAUUUUGUGUAAUUUAUUUUUUAUAGGUUUAUUCGAGCGGCAAAAGUGUUAAAUGCUGAUUCUUCCUGGUUGAUGUGUGUGGACAGAAAGCAAUGCUGCUCUUGCUGUACCUUCAGCCUGCUGUUAAAACAGGGGUUAUGAUCACACCCAGUGUUUGAAAUACUCGUGAUGUACAGAUGAACAAAGAAUAUAUGUUAAAAUAACAUGCCCUCAACCAAUCUGUAUAUAUAGUCUAUGUAUAGUUACUUAACAAAGUAUGUUUUCCAUACAGUAACAUUUUCUAAUCAAAUUUUGCCAGCUUAUAAUAAAUUUGGUGGUCACUGUACCGGCUGAGAUCAAGAUACUAAGAGCUUUUAGGGGUAUUUUAUGACAGGCAACUCAAGGGGCAAUUCUUAGGCAUACUAAGAAGAUGUGUGCACUUUUUAGCUAUUGGUAAUUUCAAUGCAGGGCAAAUCUAAACCAUUUGUAUUUCAAAUGGGACUGGAAAGUAAUGUGUAGGCUUGUGCUUUCUAGGUGCACUACAACAAUAGCUGUUUAUUUAAAAUGUACAGGCGAAAUUUUGAAAAAAAUCUGCUUAGCAAUUUAUAAGUGCUAACAUUUAAAAAGAAUCCUGUAUGCACUGAUGGGUAUUAUUAAGGCAGAUACACUUGAAGCUGAAUUGAAUGUUCUCAUUUUAAUAGUGUGGACUGGUUGUGUUACAGGUUUUUUUGGAAUACUACCUGUUUCUGGGCACAUGAUCGGAAGAAUUUUUUGAAUGUAUUUUUUUAAACUAACUGCUGUAUGGCAAUAUGCUAAUCAAAGAUUAAACAAAAAUGAGACAACG